UCCAUCUGUUGGGUUUCAAGCACUUUAAUGGAACACAAAUCAAACUGCAGCAAGGGUGGAAAAUCCCAUCAAAGAAGAUUAAAAAAAAUCUUCAGAGACUUUCUUCAACAGGACUUCCGGUCUUGUGAUUUAAUCCUCUUUUAACUUUUUCUAAGUAGGAUUAUUUUGUAGAUAUCUAAUUGUAAAUAGAUCUCAAUUUUCUUUAAAAAAAAGUGCACAAUGAAAUUGAGUGUUGCAAUCUUUUUUGGAGGCUUGUUUGGAGCUUUUGGAAUUUUGUUCUUUCUGGUUGCUUUCGGAACAGAAUACUGGCUUCUUGCUACAGAAGUUGGAAGGUGUUCAGAAGAUCUGAAUGACACCAGGGAAGAAAUUACCUACCACCAUGAAGGUUUUUUUUGGAGAUGCUGGUUUUCAGGGAGCAUUGAAAAUACUAACAGUAUUUGGAAAUUCUGGUACACUAACCAGGCACCUUCUAAGAACUGCACCCAUGCUUAUCUCUCUCCAUUUCCUUUCUUCCGAGAUGAACACAAUUCAACUGCCUAUGACUCAGCAAUUAUUUAUCGUGGUUUCUGGUCCAUUCUCCUACUCUUGGGAGUGGUCACGGUGGUCUUCGCUAGUUUCUUUAUCAUCUGUGCUGCACCAUUUGGCAGUCAUGUCCUCUACAAAGUGGGGGGAGGCUUUUUCAUUGCUGCUGGCAUCUUGUUCACAGUGGUGGUUGUGAUGUAUGUCAUCUGGCUCCAGGCAGUGGCUGAUCUCAACAACUAUGUGACCACAAAGAAAAUAGACUGUCCAGAUUUUACUAUCCAUGUACGCUAUGGGUGGUCUUUUAUUUUGGCUCCAGUAGGCAUAUUUUUUGCUAUGUUUUCAGGAAUGCUGUUCCUAUUGGUAGGGCGUACAAUUCACCUGCACUCGAAUUAACCCAUUUCCACUUAUUUGAAUGAUGAGAAUCAUGAUGAAGCUUCACUGGAAAUCCAUUUUCCUAUUGUAACUCUCCUUUCUAUAGAGGAGUGUUUGCUGGAUAUGCUUAGGUGACCCCACAUGGUUUUUCUUAAAGGACACAAAACUCCCUCUGAAAUACUACCUUUCGGUCUGUUCAAACUCCUUCAAAUAUUUAUGAAUUGCAUGCUAUGCUUUCCUCCUCAAACAUUAUAUUUUGCAAUUUUUAUAUUUCCUUGUUAAAAAUAAAAAACCAAACAAACCCAGCAACCAUAAAAGAAUUAGAUAAGGGACAAUUCAACAGAUAAUAUCACAAAGAAAGUACACUUGAAAUGAAGUCCCACCUCUUUCUCACUGGCAUUAAUUUCUAGAAGGAAGGAUCAGCUAUCCCAGGCUGUGGUGGUGUGAUGUCAAUAUGUACGUAAGCACCGAAGGUUCUUCAUGACUAAAUCAUUGUACCAGCCUCAGUUGGGACAAACAACCACACUGACAAAAACCUCAAUGAGGUAGGUAACCAGGAAAGCUCAAUCUAAAAAGUGAUGGAAAGUAAUAAGGGAGUGACUCCUUAACUAGGCAUUUUGAGUUUGCUACUUGAGUAGGAACAUAGCAGUUCCAGAACUUUCUUCCCAGAACUCCCUGUCACAGUCAAUAUUAAUCAUCACAGUCAACAUUAAAAUCUCUACCUUUGGUUCCAGUCUGAUAAUUCCUUUGCUCCAAGAAUUCCUGGUGACUGUAGACCUCAGACCCCUCAGACUGUUCUUCUUUUUCCUCUGUUGAUCUCCCUUUUCUCCUCAGGAGAAAGGCAACUUCUUGGGCAGAGACAGGGUCUAUAAGAAGAUGUAUCCUUACUCUCAAAAGGUAGAAAUUCUCUUUUACAAAAGGUAGAGAUUCUCUACCCUUUACUUUUACAAAAGGUAGAGAUUCUCUUACCCUUCACUUAGUUCCAUGAUUGCAGGCAGAUAAGAUUCUUUAGUUGUACUGGCACCACCACACAUUCAUCGAAUACCUUGCCCUCUAAGGAGCAGUACUUGGCUUAUGUUGUGAACGAGAAGUCUACUUUGACUUGACAAAUGGAUGGGUUUCUAUUUCCAUUCACUCACAUCUUGUUCAGAAAAUCCACACAUUUUUUGUGCUCAGAUUAGAAUGUCCACUGUGAGAGAUAAAUGACAGAGGCUUUCCCCACACAACACAACUAAAAUGGCUGGAAGACUGAAAUAGAACCAUUUUGAGGAGGAACUCCUCACAGCUUCCCCCCACCUCCCCGCAAACAUCUUGAAAACAUUUGAUUUCAACACGCUUUGAAAACGCUGAACUAGUGACUUUCCCCCCCAAGACGUUUUUAAGACACUUUCUGCUAGCUGUGUGCAGAGGAGAAAACGUUUUAUUUUUCCUGCCUGAGUUUAAAGCUGUCACUUCCAUUUUCUCUGCUGCCAUUCCUGCCAUUUUCUGUUGCUUCAGGAUUCUCCAUGCUGUCUGUCAUCUGAUGAACGUUCCCCACAGAACGUUUCCUCAACUGGCAUUGUGGCUGCCCACUUUCAGUGAUUUAAGUACAUGAAUAAACUCAAUAUUGCCUGCUAAUUAUUUACUAAUUUGCUAAUUAUAAUUAGUUACAAUGCUAUUGUGUUGUUUUUCCUUUUAAAUUUUUUUUCUGUGAGCUAUCUUUGAAGCUACGGGGCCACAAUAGGAGAAUCAGUAAUAUGAGCAGAUUUCGAGUUUCCAUACCUCUGUAGUUUGGGAGAACUGUUGUCACCAGAAAUGCUUUAUUUUCCUGUGCUUUGUGGACAAAAAAAUCCCUCCUAACAGUUCUUAUAAAUGUUUUCAAGGCAUUUUAUUUGUGUUGUGCAGAAAAAGCCAGAGAUAAACUCAGCUUUUCUUUUACAGAAAAUGAUCAAGUUUGUGAUGUGUGUAUGUGUGCCCACCUGGAUUUCUUUCAUCUGUGAGAAGCUAAGAAAUGGAGAAAUGUGUAAAGGGAUCUUCAGCCACAACUACUUGUGCUUUCCCUUAGAAGGUCACCCACAUUCCUUUUGCAGAAAUUAAUGUGGGCAUUAGAAUUUCUUCACUAGGAGAGUGAUGUGUGAAUUUGGCCCUUAUAAAGGAAAAGGAAAUGAUGGUGGAGGAAAUGUUCUAUAAAGUAUCUGAAUACGCUUUUCUCUUAGGCUGUUUCCGCAUGGGCGGAAUACAGCAUCCCAGGGAUGCUAAAAACAGCGUCCCUGGGGAGGGGUUCGCACGGUCGCCGCCGCUGCAUCGCAGCAGCAG